GUUUCAAGUAGUCAGUAUAAAGUUUCCUUAGCCCCAUAAAAACAAAUUCGAAUAAAGAUAUUCCCACGAAAUGCACGAAAUACAUUGUUAUAAGAAAGAGUUCGAGGUGCAUUGGGUUUCCCAGCACCCAGAAGACGACCCUCUGCCAGGAUAUAGUGGAGGACCCAUCUGCGAUGGACUGGCCAGAAGGGCUCUUAACGAAGUAGUGGAAUGUGAUUCUACUCCCCAGAGCGCCUUAAAGGAUUCAAAAGCCACUUCCCCUGAGGAAUCUCUGAGCAAGGACAGCCAAGAGCCCAGGAACACUUUCUGGAUUUCCGUGAGCGACUAUGACUUGGACCGGGCGAACGUUGUCUAUCGGUUCUUCCACGAUAUCGGCCACAUAGAAGCAAAAAGCUUCACCAGCACCAACCGCAUGUAUCUGAAGUACUUCAGCUUGGUAGACUCCCAAAUAGCGUUGAGUUACAAUGGCCAGAGGAUCGGAUACGGCGGCGACAUUCGCGUCAAGGUCAAGGCAGAGAAUCCGGUGACCGAGAAUGCCCUCAUAGAGGCCUUGGAGCACAGAUCGGAGAGUAAUGGCAAUCCCACUGACAGUGAGACCACAAGUACCAUGACUGUUACCAUCGACGUAGAGGGUGUCAGGGACGGGAAUGGGGUCACUCCCCACCAUCUGGAGAUCGGGCAAUCUGAGGAAGAGCAACCCGCAAUUAUACACCAAAAGGUCAGCCUGCUGCAAUGGUUCAAGGAGAAGCUGUCUUACUUGUUCUAUUUCUAUUAAAUUGUUCGUUUUUUUGGGUUUAUUUA